CUUUCACAGGUGUAUAAAAAUAACAUAAUUUACGUGUAUUUAGAGAUUUUCCCCGUCACCUGAGGCUUGCAUUUCCCUUUCAGGCGCCAAGACAGCGAGGUUUUUGAUCAGGCGCGCGCCGCGGACAGCCUCUACCUCCAGGGGUCUUAGGCGGCCCAGGGCAGACCCGGGAGUCGCUGGAAGCGCAAGAUGGCGACGGCGGCCGCAGCGUCGGCUUCGGAACCGGAGACCGAUCCCAAGGCGGGGCCCGAGGCUGAGGGCGAGGAGGACGAGGCGAAGGCGGACAGGACGAGGAGGAAGGUGUUAACGCGCGCCGUGGCCACGGCGGCCUACAAGGCCAUGGGGCCAGCGUGGGAUGAGCAGCGGGAGGAAGGCGUGAGUGAGAGCGAUGGAGACGAGGAGUUCGCCAUGGCCUCCUCGGCGGAGAGCUCCCCCGGCGAGGACGAGUGGGAGUAUGACGAAGAGGAGGAGAAGAACCAGCUGGAGAUUGAGCGGCUGGAGGAGCAGCUGUCUAUCAACAUCUAUGACUACAACUGCCACGUGGACCUGAUCAGGCUGCUACGGCUGGAAGGGGAGCUCACCAAAGUGAGGGCGGCCCGCCAGAAGAUGAGUGAGAUCUUCCCUUUGACAGAAGAGCUCUGGCUGGAGUGGCUGCACGAUGAGAUCAGCAUGGCCCUGGACAGCCUGGACCGAGAGCACGUGUACGACCUCUUUGAGAAAGCCGUGAAGGAUUACAUAUGUCCAAACAUUUGGCUAGAGUAUGGCCAGUACUCAGUCGGUGGGAUUGGUCAGAAAGGUGGCCUGGAGAAAGUCCGCUCUGUGUUUGAAAGGGCUCUCUCGUCUGUCGGUUUACAUAUGACCAAAGGACUGGCCAUCUGGGAGGCUUACCGGGAGUUCGAAAAUGCGAUUGUGGAAGCUGCCCGGCCCAUGGCUGGCUUCCUUUCCCCUUUUGACUGGGAACAAACCUUUGAUUCACAGCUGGAGAAAGUGCACAGUCUCUUCCGGCGACAGUUGGCAAUCCCACUCUACGAUAUGGAGGCAACAUUUGCAGAGUAUGAAGAGUGGUCGGAAGACCCAAUACCAGAGUCGGUAAUUCAGAGCUAUCACAAAGCGCUACAGCAGUUGGAGAAAUACAAACCUUACGAGGAAGCACUGUUGGAAGCAGAGGCUCCCAGGCUGGCCGAAUAUCAAGCAUACAUCGAUUUUGAGAUGAAAAUCGGCGAUCCUGCUCGCAUUCAGUUGAUCUUUGAGCGUGCCCUGGUUGAGAACUGCCUGGUUCCAGACUUAUGGAUCCGUUACAGUCAGUACCUAGACCGGCAGCUGAAAGUAAAGGACUUGGUUUUAUCUGUACAUCAUCGUGCUGUUAGAAACUGCCCCUGGACAGUUGGCCUGUGGAGCCGGUACCUCUUGGCCAUGGAAAGACACGGAGUUGACCAUCACGUGAUUUCUGUGACCUUCGAGAAAGCUUUGAGUGCUGGCUUCAUUCAGGCCACUGACUAUGUGGAGAUUUGGCAAGCAUACCUUGAUUACCUGAGGAGAAGGGUUGAUUUCAAACAAGACUCCAGUAAAGAGCUGGAAGAGUUGCGGUCCGCCUUCACUCGUGCUUUGGAGUUUCUGAAACAGGAGGUGGAAGAACGUUUCAAUGAGAGUGGGGAUCCAAGCUGCAUGAUCAUGCAGAACUGGGCCAGGAUCGAGGCUCGACUGUGUAAUAACAUGCAGAAAGCUCGGGAGCUCUGGGACAGCAUCAUGACCAAAGGAAACGCCAAGUAUGCCAACAUGUGGCUUGAGUAUUACAACCUGGAAAGGGCACACGGCGACACCCAGCACUGCAGGAAGGCUCUGCACCGGGCCGUCCAGUGCACCAGUGACUACCCAGAGCACGUCUGUGAAGUGCUGCUCACCAUGGAGAGGACAGAAGGUACUUUAGAAGAUUGGGAUAUAGCUGUCCAGAAAACCGAAACUCGAUUAGCCCGUGUUAAUGAGCAGAGAAUUAAGGCUGCGGAGAAGGAAGCCACCCUCGCCCAGCAGGAAGAGGAGAAGGCUGAGCACCGGAAGAGGGCCCGGGCUGAGAAGAAAGCGCUGAAAAAGAAAGCAGCCAGAGGCGCAGACAAGCGCAAAGCCGAUGAGGAUGCUGAGAAAGAGUGGGGCGGCGACGAAGAAGGUGCUGGCAAGACACCCCAUCACCCUUCCUGUCUCUGCCUACCUCUGUGCCAGCCUUCCAAGCGCAGAAAGCUUGAGAACAGCGUUCCUGCAGCUGCAGAAGCAGCACCAGACCUGGAAGAGGAAAUGGGGCUCUUUGGGAAAAGCGCAUCUGCAGACGUCACCCCCCACUCAAAGCAGAAGGAGAGGGCCGCCGCCGCCCUGAAGAGGGACAUGCCCAAGGUGCCCCACGACAGCAGCAAGGACAGCGUCACCGUCUUUGUCAGCAACCUGCCCUACAGCAUGGAGGAGCCGGACGUGAAGCUGCGGCCGCUCUUUGAGGCCUGUGGGGAAGUGGCCGAGGUCCGUCCCAUCUUCAGCAACCGGGGCGAUUUCCGAGGCUACUGCUACGUGGAGUUCAAGGAGGAGAAGUCGGCCCUGCAGGCGCUGGAGUUGGACCGGAAGAAUGUAGGCGGGAGGCCAAUGUUUGUUUCCCCUUGUGUGGAUAAGAGCAAAAAUCCUGAAUUUAAGGUGUUCAGGUACAGCACCGCCCUGGAGAAGCACAAGCUGUUUAUCUCAGGCCUACCCUUUUCCUGCACUAAAGAGGAACUCGAAGAGAUCUGUAAGGCUCAUGGCACCGUGAAGGACAUCAGGCUGGUUACCAACCGGGCUGGCAAACCAAAGGGCCUGGCCUACGUGGAAUACGAAAAUGAAUCCCAGGCAUCGCAGGCUGUCAUGAAGAUGGAUGGCAUGACGAUCAAAGAGAAUGUCAUCAAAGUGGCCAUCAGCAACCCCCCUCAGAGGAAAGUUCCAGAGAAGCCAGAGGCAAGGAAAGGACCAGGUGGCUCCAACGUACCCCGGCAGAUAUAUGGAGCGCGGGGGAAGGGAAGGACCCAGCUCUCUCUGCUGCCUCGCGCCCUGCACCGCCCCAGCACCACCGGAGCUCAGGCCGAGAAUGGCCCUGCCCUGAAGCCAGCGGUCACCACCUCAGAGGCCACUGAGGCUCCCAAGAUGUCCAAUGCUGAUUUUGCCAAGCUGCUUCUGAGAAAGUGAACGGGACUCAGAGAAGGGAGAUGCCUUACUUCAUGCUGGCCAGGAGGACACCGCCUCCCAGCUGUACCCGGGUACGGAAGGGCCCAAGGCAGCGCGGUUUCCCCUGGUGUCGACAGAAAGGGAACGGGUGUCCGAGCAGAGAGGCUUCACAUGUUCCCUCACAUUGAGGGUGACAGCAGGAAAACAGUCACUCCAUGGCUGGGCACCAGGUAUAGUUUCUAAGCUAUUUUUUGUCUUUAAGAGAAAUGGGAGUGAAACUUGGACACACCCUUUUGAGACACACCUGUCCAACUGUUUCAGCCAACUCAGGCCCCUUCUUAUAAGACACUUCUCUUACACUCUGUAUAGUCCAUAUGCCCGUCACUCUUUUAAUUUUUAAAAGACAAAACGGCAAAUGCUAGUAAUUCACCAGAAUGGCCUAUUUUAGUAAAGGGGUGGGGAUAGGGCCAAUCACCUAAAAAAUAUUUGAUGGGUUUUUGUUUUAGGGGGCUGUGCGUUUUUAUAUUAUGUAUUUGUAAGUGACAUGUCAACCAUUGUUUUAUGUUUCCUCAAAGCAAAAUAUCUGACAUUUGUUUUCUAUAGGAAUUCUGUGUGCCACCUGCUGUGGACCAUUUUCUUUGCCUAGUGAAUAGUGGACUGUGUUGUUCUUUGUCUAAAUAUUGAGUUUCAGCCCUUGGGUUUUGUUUAAAUACCAUGUCAAGUGCGGACUUAAAUUUUCCUCAUUUAGCUUUGUUUAUUAAACUGAAGUUCUCUUAAGAACCUCUCGCAGAAUGGUA